AUGUCUUCUUUCUGGAUCAGGGCAAAGUCAAACCAGCGCUACAAGCUUCUAACUCGUCUGUCUGUCCCCAGCAGGUCUGUCCAUGCGCUCGCAAUUUCCAAUGAUGGGCAGGUGCUCGCCUGCGGUGGCACUGAAGGUGUCAAACUUUGGGAUAUCAAUUCUCGUAAAGAACUUGCCUGUUCAUCUCAUCGUCACGAAUCACGAGGAACUGUCAGCUGUGCGGCUUGGACCUUGACUAGGCCAACCACCGUGGAGACUCUUUGUUAUGGAACUGGGCUGGGCUACGUCGUGUUUUUGCGCCGAAGUGUCAUAGAUAAACGAUUCCAGGAAAUUUGCGCGAGGAGGCUUGGUUCAGGUUUCGAGAUCACAUGUUUAUCAUGGGAUUCGACUUCUUCUGAGGCCAACACGCGGAUCGCAGUCGGAAUGAGAGACAAGAUAGUCCAAGUUCUCCUGCUCAACGCCAACUCGCAGCUUCAGUCUGUCUUCGCAGUUUGGCUUGACAAUACGGUACCAAAGUCCGUAGCGUUUGCAGACAACUACGACAUCUACGUUUUCGGCCUCUACGACGGAAAAUUCAUUAAACUGGAGGGCAAAGACGGUACUGUUGUGAGAGAGUUUAGCUGUCAGUCAGUCAUUGGGCACGCUGCAGUCAACCUCAAGAAGGGCUUAUUCGUCGUAGAUAACGCGACAGAUGGCUUUACAAUGUAUUGUCUUGAAGACGAGGGGGAGGAGCCCGUUCGGACGUUCACGACUGCUGUUCCGAGUAUGUUGGUCCCCAAGCAAGUGGCCUUCAGGGAAGAAGGAAGGGUGGUUGCGGGUGGAAGUGACAACGGUUUGGUGUACAUAUUCGACAGGAAGGCAGGAGAGCUACUGGAGACUCUCCGUCACGCAAAUGGCGGCCUAGUGCAGACAAUAGCAACCCACAAUCUCAAUGGCCACUGCACGAUCGCCAGCGUUUCGCCAGCGCAGGGCCGGGGAAAUACCACAAUCAAGCUAUGGACAUAUGAUUAUGCGCCUCGAAAGGCGUCCAAGACACCCUCCAAGGAUUAUUGGUGGCUAUGGCACAUGUUGAUGAUCCUGACCCAAGUGCUCGUUCUUCUGUCUACAAGCAUUUUCCUCGCAGUGAACUAUAAAGGAGGGUUCAUCGACAGAGCAGUAACAUGGUCAGUCGACCACGUCCAUCAGUAUAUGACUCCGCCUCCAAUGGCUAAAGUUGCUGAUGACUUUUCCCGACGUGCCAUCAACGAAUACUUAAAUAUGGAACGCCGAAAGGAAGGACACACGAAGAAUGACAUCGACAUACUCAGUGAAUUAGCGGACAAGCUCAUGGAGCUAGCGAUAGAAGCAGGUGGAGACCUCGACGACCAAGAACAUCCCGAGCAAUAA